AUGGAGGACUGCUUUGCUGCAGCGGCUUUGGAGGAAGUCUACAACUACCUGAGGGGUUAUGCGGGGUUGUUCUGCGUUUUGCAAGCCUGGAUGCAGGCUACUCCAGAAGAGCUGGCAGCAGCUGGGCUGGGGACUUUGCCGGCCACCCUUAAAGAUCCGGGUGCUACGACAGCCGUUGAUGCGGAGGAGGAUGAGCUAGACAGUGCUUCUGGUGCGGAGCUCCUGGCACUCCUACACGGGGUCAUGUGCACCCACGAUGACUAUGGGGAGUUUCAGGCUGAGGCUGCCAACGACAAGACCCAGACCCCAGGGAAAGCAGCGAAGAAAGAACCAACCAGCAACAAGACGAAGAUGGCCCGCACGCUACAGGACGCCAACUUCGACAAAGAAGACUUCAUCAAGCGCAUGGAAGUCACAAUCAAGAGGAAGAACGAGAAGGAGGUCCUUGUGGAGGACCCGUGCGGACGGGGCGAUCGCCCGUUGCAAAGCUUCCGGCAGAACAUGUAUGACAACGAGUGGGAAUACUGGGUGAAAGUGCGUGAACACGGCAAGCGGCGACAAGCUGUGUCGUAUGAGGAAAACCUGAAGAAGAUGAAAGAGGUGGCCGAGGACCCUGCCAACAUGGCCGCCAUCGAGAAGGAUUUGGGCUCGUUCGAAGUUCCGUUGGGGGAUGCGAGUCCCGAUGCCAAAGCGGGGCCAGACCCCUCAGCCCACAAGUUUGCCCAGUCCAAAGAAGCUUUGGAGAAGUUCACCGGCUCUGUUAUGGGCAAGAUUGGCAAGUUGCGGCUGUACGGCAAGGCGGAGGAUCGCAUGAAGCAAGCCACGCUUGUGACGGCCAAGAAGAGCUUUGACAAGCCGGAGUCGCCUACGGAGGCGAAGCUGAAGGCCUCUGCCAGAGCAGCAAUCCGGACUGCGAGAAAUGUGGUCAAGGACAUUGGUCUGGAGAAGGCUCGUGGCCUAGGCGGCUUGCUUCCGCUAGCGAAACUUUCUGAGGAUCAUAGUGAAAGGGGUUCCCAUUCGUUGUUUUCGAAGAAGCUGGGCCUUGCUUUGCCGAUUCCGUUGACAGAGCUGCCCACCAGCUGCGGAACGGUACCACCGAACAUUCAGCGGAUUAGUAUAAUUGAUUGGGUCAAGUAUUUCUUGCAUUACAAUCACUGGCAUGUCUUUGCCGGCUUGCGAAGACCGGACAAGAUUCGAGAGAAAAAGAUUUGGAGCGCGUGGUGGGAGAGAUACAGAAUCCACGACCCGUCACACCCCAUCUUUGAAGCUGCUGACAAUGGGAAAGUGGAUCUGUGCAGGACGGCUGCGGUCGUCCUGCACGGAGACGAGGGGCGCGAGCGUCGGCGACAAGCGUUCUUUGUCCUGUCCUUUCAUUCAGUGCUUGGAAGGGGCACGACUGAUUCCCUGGGAAGCAAGGCGAACAACGUUUUGCAUACAUCUACGAAAAAAGUGCGAAAACCAUAUCUCAAGAUGAACCUGAAUUUCAAGGGGCAUAGCUACACGACUCGAUUUGUGACGGGAGUCCUUCCUCGAGGACGUUAUGGUGAUGGCGACAAACAUUUCAUUGACUUGUUGUCUGCUGCUUACGAUGAUUUGAAGUUUCUGCAGACCGCGGGCUUGGUGGACAGGCCGGAUGCUUGCAGAGAACAUAUGCUAAUGCAACGAAAUCCAUCAACCAAGAAGCGAGUGGAAUGUGCCACCUUUGUGAAGCAGGUCUUGUUCAUGUCCUGGCCUCCAGCUGUUCGUAUUAUUGACAACAGGGACAGGCUUGCAGAGCAUUUCGCCUUCGACAUCUUUCACACAUUUCACUUGGGAGUUGGCAAGUUUUUUGUGGGGAGUGUUUUGGCGAUUCUAUCUAAUUUCGAAAGCGGAAACGUGGAACGAAGGUUUCAGCAGUUGACAGCCAAGUUUCGGGAAUGGUGUCGAAGGACCGGACACACGAUGAUCGUUUCCAAACUGACGAAGGACCUCAUCACAUGGGAAGCAACAACAGAUUACCCGUUUGGGUCUUGGUUCAAAGCUGACCUGACGACGACACUGAUGGAAUGGAUUGAAAGCCUCGAAGGCUCGCUGACGGAUCCGUUGUUUCUUCUGGCGAUCGAUGCAACGAAAUGUAUCAAUCGUUUCUUUCGGAUUCUGUAUUCGGAGGGCGUGUGGUUGGCAGUCGAAACAGCAGCGCAGACUGGGCAGCUCGCCAGCAAGUUCUUACGACGGUACGAGCAAUUGGCGGUACAAGCAUACUCUGAUGAGAUCACUUUAUUUUCGCUGCCACCGAAGCUUCAUCCCCUACAUCAUUUCGCUACUCAGCUUCUCGCUUCUGCACGUGCCGGCCAGUUGGCAUUAAAUCCGCUAGCGUACAGCACCCAAAUGUCCGAGGACCUGGUGGGGAGGCCCUCCAGGCUGAGCAGGAGGGUUGGCUCUCGUUUGGUUGUUUCUCGAACGCUGCAGCGAUAUCUGAAGGCGUCCUACGCGCAGUGGGUUCGUGAAGGGCUCAUUAUCGAGACAAAGUCUAGUUGA